AUGCGACGACUCUUACCACCCGCUUAUGAUGAUGGAUUCGAUGAGCCACGAUGGAGAUCAACCUAUUGUCAUCCCUUGCCAAACGCACGACCAAUCUCGAAUCUCGAAUGUUUCGACAGAACUUCAAAUGAACAUCAGGAGUACAUGCAUAUGUUCAUCAACUCACGACAUUCUCCUUUGUCUCCAUCAGCGACAGCGCCCGAAGGACGCACGCUCGGAUUGUUGCGCCGUGUGACUCGAGAGAGACUGUUUCUGGUACGAUUC